AUGGCGACUGUACGAGUGAGCGAGGCGGAGAAGAUCUUCAUCAUGCACGGCGUGCAGGAUGACCUGAGGUUGGAUGGCCGCUCAUGUGAAGAUUAUCGGUACGUUGAGGUGGAAACUGAUGUGGUGUCAAAUACAAGCGGAUCUGCCCGAGUCAAACUCGGACACACUGAUAUUCUUGUUGGUAUUAAGGCGGAGAUCGGAAGGCCCAAACUAGACAGGCCAGAUAAGGGGUGCCUGGAGUUCUUUGUUGACUGCUCUGCGAAUGCCACUCCAGAAUUUGAAGGACGGGGAGGAGAAGAACUCGGGACGGAGAUCGCCAACGCGCUCUACAGGGUGUAUGACAACGAGCGCAGUGUGGACCUGAAGAGUCUGUGCAUCACGCCCAUGGAGCACUGCUGGAUUCUCUACAUCGAUGUGCUGCUGCUGCAGUGCGAUGGCAACUUGUUUGAUGCGAUUUCUCUGGCGAUCAAAGCUGCACUUUUCAGCACAAAGAUCCCCAAGGUCCAGAUGAUGGAGGAUGAAGAAGGCACCACUGAAAUUGAGCUCUCGGAUGAUCCAUUUGACUGCGUGCGACUCAACACUGAGAACGUCCCGUGUAUUGUGACGCUGUGCAAGAUCGGUCAGAGACAUGUUGUGGACGCCACGCUUCAAGAAAAAGCCUGCUCGGUGGCGAGCCUGCUGGUGUCUGUGACGAGCAAGGGGACGAUCACGUGUGUCCGGAAGAUUGGAGGAGGCAGCUUAGACCCCGAGAGCAUCUAUGAGAUGAUUGAGACAGGGAAGCGGGUUGGCAAGGCGCUGCAUGCGCCCCUACAGGACAUUCUGAACAAAGAAGAAAGCCUGGGAAAGACUCGAGAGAAGGUGGGCUUCAUUGGCUAGUGGGGGCACCCGGGUGUCUCUCUGGACUUCUGUGUUUUCCAUUUGUUUGUUUGUUUCUUUCUUUUUUCAAAUAAAUCCACUUUUGUAUUUUUGGUAAA